GCGCAUAGUAAGAGUCGCCCAUAUCCUGUUGAGCAACGAUCAGACGCCCCUGGCCGAUGACAUCGAGGCAAAGCUUGCAGAUGGCGCCGCCUUUGAGGACCUAGCCCGGCAGCACUCCAACUGCGGCUCAGCACGCAGGGGCGGAGAGCUUGGAUGGCUCAGCCGGGGGAGCUUCUUCCCGCAGUUUGAGGCUGCGGCCUUCGCUGCCCCCGUGGGUGGCGUGUGUCGGGCCACCACGGGGCGAGGACUGCAUGUCAUCAAGGUGCUUGAGGAGAGGUUCCAAGCCCAGAUCCAACAAAUGUCCCCAGAGGAGCUAGCCGACCUCCUAGCAGCGGCAGCAGCAGAGGAGGUCCAACUCAUUGACGUGCGUGAGGAGUGGGAAUGGCAGACAGCGCGGCUGCCGGGCUUCCGGCUGAUGCCGCUCAGCCGCUCCUCCGAGUGGACAGCCGACAUCCGGCAGCAGCUGCAGCCGCAGAGGGAGACGGUGGUGCUGUGCCACCAUGGGGUGCGGUCCAUGCAAAUGGCGCAGUUCCUGGUCCAAAACGGCUUCACCAAUGUCAAGAACGUCACCGGCGGCAUCGACAGCUAUUCAAAAACAGUGGAUCCAUCCGUGCCACUGUACUAAAGCAGGCUUUAACGAUACAUCCAUGACAACAGCAUCCUCCACGACAACGGUACCACCUUAUGUGCUCACGCUUCAUACCUACCGCGGUACUCAUUCGUUAAUACCCAACGUGUGAACCAGGUUUUGGGGUGUCGUACCGUCCCAUACGUUGUUUUGGAGUGAUGGGCGACUGGUGUCCUGUGGUUUGCCUGGGUCCCAACUGGAACCUAACAAAGCAGCAGCAGGCUAGCAGCGGCUCUUGCGGCUCUUCUUGACCGACCCAAGCGGCGCCAAGAUCAAAAUUUUGCCCACAAGACUCUGUAACUA